AUGGCAAUCAACUGGGUCCUCCCCGUGCGCGCUGUGCAAUUCGUCCUAUCCGUCGUCGUCCUCGGAUUGAUGGCAUAUGUAUCAUCAUGGUGGUCAACACACUGGCGCCAAUCCUCCCCCAGUGAAAUAAACUACCUCAUCUUCGCGCCCUCCUGGUCUCUCCUCUCCCUCGUCCCCUUACUCCUCCUCCAACUCGUACCAAAGUUCGAGAGUUUAAGGGACAAAGCGAGUGUGAAGUGGGCGCUACUUGGACUGGAAGGUUUGACAAUGUUGUUUUGGUUUAGUGGGUUCGUCGCGUUGGCUGUGUUUUUGAGUGGGAGGAUAUGCUUUGGCAUGGUAUGUGACGUAGCCCGCGCAAGUACAGCUAUCAGUGCACUUUCGUGGCUGGCAUGGGCUGUUACUUUCGUCUUUGGCGCUAUCAGCGUUGUCAAGGGGAGGAAUGGUAGUAUGAGCUUUGGAAACAAGGCGCCAAAGAAUAAAGAGGUAGAUAUGCACCAGGGUGUAUAGAGAGAGGGGGCAUGUCGGAGGCGUUUGUCAUGACGGUAUAUAUCGAUUGAGGGCUUAGUACGACAGUAUAUGAAUAGCGAUCAUCAGGU